AUGCUUAAUUCAGAUAUAUUUGUUGGUGGUAAACAAUGGGAGAAUACUGAAGAAAAUAAAUUACCUAAUAAUAUACCAGAAGUAGAUGAAGUUGGUGCUACAUCUGCUCCUUUGUUAUCUGCAUCUUAUUAUAUUGGUGAUAAAUGUAAACCUUUUAAUGAUGAUUUUAUGCAAUGUAAAAAUGAAAAUAAUGGUGGUGAAUUGAAUUGUUUAAAAGAAGGUAGAAGAGUAACAAGAUGUGCAAUUAGUGUUUUAAAAGAUAUAAAUAAAUAUUGUUUUGAUGAAUUUAAAUUACAUUAUGAUUGUUUAGAACAAAAUAAUCAAUAUUUUAAUAGAUGUAGAUCAUCAGAACAUUUAUUAAGUAAAUGUGUUUUAACAAAUUUAAAUUUGAAAAAAGUUGUACCUGGUGUUAAAGAUCAAAUACAAGAUAAACAAUAUCCAAUUUAUAAAACUGAUUCAAAUGAUAUUAAACAAGUUCAACAAUUUUUAAAAUCAAAAGAGACCAAUUCAAAUUAA